UGAAAAGCCGCCCGGCGCAUGCCUCACCAGUCUGCACAUUGAUACCUAAAACUUACCUACCUGCUGUGGUUCCUGCCCAGGUGGGUUUAGGCAGGUGUGGGCGGGCAGCAAGCAGCCAGACCCUGUGAAGAUCAGCGCCCCGCCCCCCACAUGCCCGGGCACCUGCGGCUGAUUACCGUGCACUCCACGGCCAUCGUCAAUGCGCCAACCGCGAGAUGCGGUGCGCUGACAUGGUGUAGGGCACUCGCUCCGCCAUUCAUGUGAUUCUUCCUCUUACUGUACCUACUCCGUACCGUACAGUCAGAGGCUACAGUCGGUUACUCGAGAUAAGAACAGUCCUCGACUGGAACGAAGUCACACUGUCAGCAUGUCUCCUAGUCUGCCGAGAUCGUCUACCAGUAGACUUUCUCCGAGUAACACCGCCUUUGGGUAACCCCGACUACCCCGUGGGGGUCCUUAUAUACAACGACCUGAUAGGCUCUCGAUGUGGGCUAAACCUGGCUUUACAUCCCAAGAGUUCGCAGCCCUCAUGUUGAACGGCUGGGAACGUCAAAAGUAAAUAAGUGUAAACUGGCACUGAAGAGACAGAUGGCCCGUCCGCAAGUCUUCAAGAAAGCUUGGUACUCUGCUGAAGACAGCUGAUGUGGGGAAAUCGAUGCAUUGUAGCUGGAAAUACAAGUCCUAUGGGGCCCAGAUCAUGGACCGUUACAAGUGUCUGACGCCACAAUACACCCAGGAUUGUCGGAAAAGAUGGGAAUGUGCUGCCCUGGGGAAGGGCAGGCGGCAUAGGAGGCGCCUCUGCCGCUUUUCUCAAAAUGCAAUGAUGGGGCCUGCAAUUGAUGCGAGAUUUCUCCAGCAAAGAAGCCAUAUCUGGCGGCGAGGCAUGAAAACAGCAUGUCGCAUUCCAACACCCUGACAUUGGGAGUACUUGAGCCGACAACGCACUACUGGAGCCGAAACAUUGAUCGAAAGAGGCACCAAGACCGACGAACAGGGCAAAUUUCAUGUUAUCGAAACCGUCAUUGGUGUAGCAAGGGCGACACCUCAUUACUGUGUAUGCUCUCACGCGUGUCUGCAUUGGAGAGGCGUUGUGUCUUACAGCCACAAGGGAGGAUGACGGCCUCGCUCUCAUGCCCCUACUUUCAUUCAAUCCCGAAGUCUUCGCAUUGGAGUCAUGGAAAUUGGCAAUUCAUAACUUUGCCGUCAAGGACAAAGGGCAGUCACCCACGCGACUCGGCCAUGAUUUAAGUUCUUUGUUGUUCCUCCACGAGGACCCCGGUUGGCCGUGGUCCUCGCCACAUUGGAUUUCCUCAUCUAUGUUAAUAUCGCCUGCCGAGCACACGGUACUGGUGGAAGGAAGACAAAUUAUUUUCAAAUUCCAUACCAGCAGAUGAGAACCAAAAAGGGAGACUCGUCGGCCUCAGAUGUCAGUGCCUCUGGCCAGAGCGACAACGCCAACAAGGGCAAAGCUAUCGCGAACGGCGCCGCCAAGGUCUUUAAUAAAAUAGGUUUCAAGGCACGGCCUUCCACCACAAGAUUCACGGUUGAAGAGAACUCCACGAGGUUUCAAAUAGUACACGCACCCGAUAAAUCGCCCAUAGACAUGCCCCUUCCCCAGUUCCCGACGACCAACGAGGAGUUUUACGCAGCCAUUUCGCAAAUAAAUGGCCAGGGGCAUUUACAUGGAGAAGAUUCACCAUUUGAGCGGACAAGUCCCUCUUCAAGUUCUCGGAAGGGGUCUCAGCAGAGCUUUGAUAGCCAGAGCAUGAUUCCGCGAAGCAUCAUUGCCUCGAUGGACAUUCUUCUUGGACCCAACGGAAAUGAUCCGCUGGUGAAUGACCGAAAGGACUCUGACCCACCUGUUCCUGCGCCGCCAGUUACCGCCUCAGGAAAUGUCAGACCUGCUUACGAGCGACGAGUUGCAAGCGAGGGGGUUCCUCCUCGACCGCUUUCUGAGCGCCCGUUGAUCAAAUACUCGAGCCUGCGAGCCAGACCGAGCCCCCAGGCGCAUCAUAGUAGCAUGAGUACGCAAGGCGCGCACUCGGCCUUGUCCACGCCCAACAAACGUGCUUCCAGUAUCAGAGGUGGCCACAACAGGGUCAACUCUGGCGAGAGGGUCGUUCGUAGGAGACCGCGCCGAGUGCCCAGCAUCGACAGUACCGAUAGUGAUGACGAAAGUUCCGGUCCCGAAGCAUCAUCAGCCAGCAGUACAGGAGAUGCGAGGCAGAAGACGCAGGAUCCACCCGUCGAAGCCAAGCCCCGGAAGAAUUUAAUUAAGUGUUACUUCUGCAAAGAGGAUUGCCAGCUUGGAGACAACCUAUGCAGCAAAUGCAAAUCUCGGUUCCAGCCACAUGAGGAAGUAUUCGACUACUCCGAAUCGGAGUACGAGGAUAUAGAGUUUGAAGACUCUCCCAUCUUCUCCCCGGCGUCCGAAAAGCCCCGAGGUACUUCCUCAAGAACGUCGAAGCGCAGGACUGCCCGGCCGAGGGAGAAGUCGCGAGGAUGGUCCGAGUUCUCGCCUGUGUCACACCUGCAGCAGCUCGCCUCGAGAUCCGCCAGCACCUCGCCCACCUCGCACGUCGCCAUGGAACUUAAGAUCGUCCCCCCGACUGACAUCAAGGUGUGCACGGUCACGUCGCCGACGAGGUCCAGCUCAGGCGGCGACGGCCGCUCGUCGGCCCUCCACCACAUCCAGCAGGCCCUGAGACCCCGGGUGCCGUCGUGCGCCAGCCACAGCCCCAACCCAGGCGGCCAGGACCGCGACGCCGUCCGCCUGGGAAAAGUGCGGUCCGGCGAGAUCAAGCGCGUGGACUACCCCGACAUCAUCAAGCUCAAGGACCCGUCGCCGAGGAAGAACUCAAAGAGCUGCCAGAAGACCACGCAGGAAGAGCCCCAGCGUCAGAGUGCGGACAGUCUCAAGAGCUGGUUCAAGUGCUACAGCGAUGGGAGUGAGAAGGGAGGCGGUUCGGCCUGGCCAGAUGGUGCUGAUCCACCCACCAGCGGACGGGACAGCGCGGUUCCGGCGAGGGUCAGCACGUAUGACCGCGUUACCUCCAUAUAUGACUUGUACGCCUCUUUGGACGAGACUUAGGGCGUGCGCAUGCUUGACCUUGUUUGCCUUCACGGCACCACAGCGGCAUGCUUGCGCCUAGGACUUUUCGCCAGGAGCUGGUCAAGAUUUCCACGCAUGGUCCUUCGAUGCUGUUUUUCUUCUGGCCAGCGCUGCGGACUCCAGGAAGAGGUGAGAGGUUUUGGAGUGGCUUUGCCAGACAUGUAUUAUAUCAUUCUCUCGUGUUAAUAUAGGAGCCG